AUGGACAUCAAGAACGAGAACAAACUCAUUGAAAUUCCAGUUUUCUUUCCAGACAUUCCUGGAUAUUUUGGAAAUGGACAAAUUAACGGUCAAAAUCUGAAUCCAAAAUUGUAUUUUGAAGAUUUGAUUCAAAAAUCUAAUGAAGAUUUCAUUCCCGAACAAAAAUUUGUAGAUAAUGGUUUGAAUCAUAAAAGAAAAAUACGAUUUUUUGACGAGGUCUUAUGUUUUGGUGAAGAAAGAGAUGGCGAAAAUGUUGAAAAAGGAGAAGUAAAAAUCAAAAACAGUCUUGGCAAUAAUGACCAAAACGUGGAUAAAAGCAAUAAUGUUCCCGCACGUUUUGGAAGCGUGCCUGACAAAUCUCAGGAAGACAUAUCCAACGUAAUCGUUGAAAGAAAUCAACAGGACAAUGUAUACUCUUUGAAUGACAAAUGUGGUUCUGAAGACUGUUCUGCCAAAAACAACUACAACAUUGACGACGACAACAACAAUGUCAAGAGCUAUCAUAUUGUUAACAACAUUAGGAUCGAGACAAUUAACUUGGAUGACAACAACACAUCGAACAACAUUUCGGUAAACACGUCUGAUAGCAGCAGCCUCAAAAGCAUCACGUUUGGACAUCACUACGCCAGAAAGAACGAAACCUGCAACGAAGAAGUCAGUAUGGAAAAUAACCUCAACAACGAAACUUCAAUUUGGUCUGCUAAUAGUAAUACAAGUACAUUAACAAAUGUUACUGUUAUCAGUGACAGCAGCGAAAUAUGCGACAACCAAGAGUUUGACAUCAACAACAACCACCUGAUGAAAAGCAAAUACAUAAACAAGAAAAGCGAGGUCAAGGAAAUAAAUAAAAAUAUAACCUCGAAAAACAAAACCAACAGUUCGAACUUUAACCAAACUAACGAAAACGCACUGCCAGCUGAUAUAAUUAGCAACAAAACAGACAUCAAAAAGGAAAACACCGCAAACUGUGCAAAGAACAUUGUGAACGUGAAACCUAACGAAUGUUUCUUAAACAGCACGAUAAUUUCUUCAGACGAUGAUAGGACGUUGGGUUUGUGGAACGUGUCAUCUAACGAAUCAAAGAGAACGAAAAAUGACGAUGACAGCGAACAUAGGAUGAUGUUGAUGAGGGUGAAUGCAUUCGUUCAAGAUAGAAUGAAAAUAAUGGCAUUAGAGAAUAAAUAUAUGGAUCAACACGAGGUUAUUCCUCAAAACAACUAUCGCCAACAACAACGACUCCAGUUGCCACAUUACAAAAUCUAUCCCAAUCAACUGUACUACCCAGGCCAGCCACAACUUCUUUAUCAAUAUCCUGGAAGACAUUAUCAAUUUUGUCAAGAUGACAAUGCCAUCAGUGCAGAAAUCUGUCACCAAUAUGGAGCAAGAAUAAAACCAGGUUUUGUUCCCAAUGGAGUCAGCAGUUGUAACAACGCAAAUGAUGUGAACCUGAAAGAAAUUUUAGAGAGACACAGCAAUCCAAGAUUUAAAGUUGCGACAGCCUGCAAUGGACUAAAGAAUCAUCGCUCGAAACACAAUAGGUCUCAAUCAAUUGAUAACAACUUGCAAACUUUUAAGAGAAACGUCAACUUAAUGAACGUCAUCAGAAACAAAAAUAAUCUCAUCAAAGACCACGCAAAUCAUAAAUUGAAUGUUUACCAUGGCAACUUUCACGAAUAUUGCGAAAAAUCUUCAUAUAAUAAAGUUGGCCAUAAAACCAGUCACCGAAACAAGCCCGACGGCCCAAACAACAACAUCAACAACCCAACGAGAGCAGUAGUACGAACCAAGAAGAUAUCAAAAGACGUUCAACGCGUCUGCAGGUUUCUCAGAAGCGGCGGGAAACAUCCGAGCCUCUGUUUGUCGCAAUUAGGUGAUGUUUAA